UUGAAAACCUCAAGCCUCUAAGGACAGCUUUAGUUUUCGUUUGUCUAAAUGGAGCUUAUUGAAAGCAACUUGCUAAAAAGAAUAUACAAAAUGUUACGAGUAGUUGCGAGCGCAAGUUUCCUGGGUUCUAAUUCAGUUUUAUUCCAGCAUUUCAUUUCGAGCUAAAAUUGAAUAAGUAAAUAAGCUUAUAGGUUGGGGGAUCGUGUAAAAGAGCCUUUUUUCGGUUUCCUCUAUUCAAUCUGGCUGAUAAUCUGUUCUCUUCACUUGAACAGUGGACACCGUAUUGAAUGAGGUUACACAACCUCGUUCUCAGGGAGUUUGGUAGGGAGAAUUCACUUAUUGACAUAAGCAAAAAUAACGGAGUCAAAGCAAGGUAAACGCAAUGAAAUCGUUUCUGAGAUUCGCACCCGUCCACUGAUGUAUUUUGAUGUUGUUGUCGUAUAACGCCUCCAACUGGCUCCGUAUCAACAAAACACUGAUAGAUGAAGAGCAUUCCCAGUAGCAAAACAUGAUAAAACGCCAGGCAUAAGUAAUCAGGAAAUAGACUUAACAAUAACUCAAGAGUUAAAUCAUUAAUUAGUGCAAAUGACUAUUAUUAAAUCACCGAAAGAAACAUCGUGCAGCCGCCGAUUUCGUUUAUAGUGCGUGAUGGAUAAUUUCCGUGUCCCGCUUAAGCAUAUUUCGAACAGUUUCGUUAAUCUCUUUCUAUCACCUUCAUUAUUUUUAGGGGUAACCUGUUGUUUGUGUGGCUACACUGAACUUCGCUUUUGAUGAAAAACAAAAAGAUCAAGGAAAUGGAGUGACAUUUACUUGACCCUGUUGCAGACAUUUCGAGUGCCUACUUUGUGAAAUAUUUUUAAUGAGUGUUCUACAGUUCUGCCGUGUCUUUCAGUGGUGUUAUUUGGGGCUUAAAAUACUAGUUUAAACUUUCAUACAGUAGGAUUAUCGGCACAAUGAGCGAUGACGUCAAAGCUGUAGGGCUCCUUUACUCUUGCUGGCAAAAUCGAUAAUUACACCUUUGCGAAAUCACUAGGGAGCUAACAAACCUAAAUUACAGCCACUUAACGCAAACUAUGACCACAACUGAAAACGCAAAUGGAUUCCGGACCCGGCCAAAACAUUUACAGACCUACAAACAAACGCGGCUCAAAGGUUUGAAACCAGUGUGCACGAUUAAAGCAAUUUAUGGCUUGUUCAGUAAGGUCUUCCAAUGUGCGAAGUAUCGACGACUUCACCCUUAUUUGUGUAUGUGUACAAGAAAACAAAGGCUUUUCUUAAAGUGUAUACAUUUCUGAAGGUUGAAUUAAAAGACCUAAUUACUUGCUUACUCUGCUAAGCGCUUGGAUGUCACUAAACUAACCAAUUUAGUUGAAUUCAAAAACUGGAGAAACAAGAACACCGUACCAAGAAGUUUUGAAAAAACAUCCUUUGAAUGUUUACUGUCGUGAGAAUAUAGCGUCGAUCUGGAUAAACUUUUUCUUUUUUAGGUAAACACAUAGGAUAAUUAGUUUGCAUUCAUAACUGAUCAUUAUCCGAAAUGGAGAUGAAUAUUUAUUAGUCAUUUGUUGAUCGCUUCGGGCCAAUGACUGCCAGGCUGUUGGUUGUAUUUGUUAGCUACGGACACAAAAGCACAAACAUUGAACGACAUGGUGGAAAAUUACUGAAAUGAUAGAGCUAGUUUUCUAGUUAUGUUAUCGCAACAGAUUGUGUGUUGCUUAUUGGUAUAAUCUUCUGUGAAUUGCGUUCCUUCGACUCUUCAAGCAUUUCGGGACCGUUUGGAUUUUGGGACCGUUCGCAGUCACAAAGAAAUCUUGCAUUCAUCAGACAACCGAAGUUAAGCCGUGUGGCGAGAAACGAAAUCAAGUUUAUUGAAUAACAGGAGUGUCUAACGACAACUUGAAGUUUCAUUACAACUUCAUAAAUACAUCUUUGUCGUUUUUCCAAGAGUGACGAUCGCUGAAUCCAUGCGAGAGACAUCUUAUGCGCCGAUGGAGUAUUGUUUGAGUUCGCGGAUUUAUGAGUGAACACGGAUUUCGAGUGCAAAUUUUACUAUGACUACUUCAAAGGAGGGGAGACCCGACAGUCCAGGCCGGGAUGAUUUUACAGAGAAUGUCCCUCGUGCUAAGCGCGACCUGGUUUUGCGUUUUGUCAAAGAUCAAGAGGCGCUACAAACUUCCCAAGUGGAUUUGAAAAUAGUUGACGACAAGACCAUAGACUUAAUAGAUUCAGCUUUGGUCGUCAAGGGAGAAGACGGCAAAAUAACAAACUCAGACGGCCACAAUAUUGACCGUGAACAAACUUCCCAAGGACCUUUAUCCAGAGAAAUAUCUUCGUUAAAUUUGGACGCUGGUAAAGCGAAUAACCCACCAGGUGGAAUAAUCGUGCCUCGGCCGCCUUCGGGACGCCCUCGUACGAGAAGUUCCAGUAGCCGAAAGCGAUCGGUUUCAAGCCUCAUAAAGCGCCAACGUUCAAAAGAUGACUCUGUUGAAAAAAAUCCUUCACAGGAUGAAAAAAAUGAAUGUUCUUACUCUCGUGAUUUGCUUGCGCAGGAAACUCCAGAAACGACAGAAUUAAAUUCGCCCUUUAACGCCGAUGAAGAUGGUUCAGGAGAUAACUUAAACGCUUCCUGGCCUCAGGAAUUUCUGUCCAGAAAAUUCUUUAUCCCUCUUCAAAAUCAUUCGCUGUUCGCCAGUAGAGAAGCUUCGUAUUACUACAACGCUCCUGUGGAAAACUUUUCGGGAAUCGAUAACCACUCGGAAGCUCUCCGACCACGGUCGAGCCAAAGUUUCCAGCGUGUACGACCAGCCGAAAUUCUUUCCGCGAGAAUAUCGUCCGCUAGCGAAUGCGACAGGAUCACUUGCAACGCCGCUUCGCUUACCAACCCUCCAUCGUACUCUAGGAAAUUGGGUAAAGGCUCCAGGCGGAGAACUUAUAUCAAUUUUAACAGACUGGACGCUCAGUUAGCCCUGGAGGGACCGCUAGAACUCGAGCAAGUACAUCCGUCUGAUAUACCACUCUACAGAAGUAGCUCGGCAGCGUCAUCAAGCGCGCCAUACACUUUGGUACAUGUGCCGCCAAUUGGACGCGAAGGCCCAGCGCCUUCGAGCAGUUGAUUUAAACUGACAAAAACGUUCACUACAAAGCAGGAUCUUUAAAGUGUGGAAACAUUUGUCCAUCCUGGUAGAGGAAACUUCAGCUUAAGUAUUAUCUAAUCAUAGAAAUGUGGGAAUGUUUGAAUGUCAAGCUUCAUCACAACUGACAGGAGUCUUACCACAAGGCUGGCCAUUUGACUUUUUAUCAUAAACCUAGUUUAUCUUGGGAGCUCUUUGACCUUUGUCCUUCUUUGCGAUUUUUAUGAAGCUAUAGAUCAAACUUAGAUCAUACUGAGGAAAUCUAAGAAAUUAAGAUUGCGUGGUUUGCAAAACAGAGCCAAGUUGAUCAUAUCAGUAUGAGCCUGAGAAGUGAUCACGUCACAUUUUAAGUUUUAAAUUUUGAGUACAGUUCGUGCCGUAUGUACUGUCUUUAAGUUUCUUUUUUCACUUCAAGUUAUCUCAAGGUGAAACUCGGUUUUUGCUGGAUUAGCGAUAAUCGACGCCCAAACAACAUGGCUCUGUAUUUGACAACAGUAAACGAUUCAUCCAGGAAGUCAGGAUGAAUAGCGAUCGACUGCAGAUAAAGACAAACUUUCAAACACGAGGCUUGUGAUUUUCACCAUUAUAGACGAUCAUUUAUCGAAAUGUAGCCAACAUCUUGCUUUUUGAGGUGAAGUUUGCUUAGCUCAUAAUUAUAAAGAUUAUUGCAGUUAAUAUGCUAAGACUUGAGCAGAAACUCUGGUUACAUUGCUCCCAAGAAACAGAUGAGAAUCGUUUAACUUAUAUAUUGAUAGGACUAAAACUUUCUCACUACCGUUUUGAAGUACAUUAUCAUUUAACCUAAUAUUUCGAAUUGGACUCGAUCCGAAACCAGUGCACGAACAGGCCAAAAGUUCUAUAAUAGAAAACUUUAGCCAAAGAGCAGCACGUUUGAUAGUUAACGCGUUCACUCUAAGUGCAUCUCGCAAUGGCCACGUAACGCGCGUGCAAAAUAGCGAUGCGCGCCUGACGCGAAGGGCCUUUGCAUGUAUUUAGAUUUCAACUAAUGAAGCGAAAACAUUAAAGGUGCCCAUUUUAUAAAAGCGUAGCAUUAUUCACAGAGACAUGAAAUGCUCAUUUUCUAUCCAUGACUUUCAAGUUUUUAAUGUUUCACAACAAGGAAAUGGUUGAUAUAAUUUCACAAAAGUUUGAUACUGACGCUUAACGAUAUUUUUAUAUGGGUAUCUUUGUGUAACACUGGUAUACACGAUGGACGCAUUCUGGUUUUACAGAAACACAAGAAACCUUAAAUAAUACAGUAAAAAUAGACAAGUGUUUGACAUGCGAGUAUAUACAAGUUACGUCCUUAGUGUUGUAAAUAGUAUAAAGCGAUUACAUUGGUCAGAAUUGCGUGUUAGUUCUCAACCACAGAUGUAUGUAAAGUUGGUCGGAAUUUCCAUCCUGUUCCAUACAAGAAUAUUCGGGUUCAGGAUGGCGGCACAACUAAAUUUUAAUUUUUAAUAUAUAGCGAAUACAAAUCUGUAAGAUUAAAAGAAAUUUAAAAACUGUGCUGGCUAACUGAUGUGUUGUUAGUUUUAGCCGGUCAGUUUUACAGAGCCUUUAUUAAUUUUCCUCAGCUUUGUUUCUCUCUUUCUGAUAAAUCAGUGAGAUCAAGAUGGUCUCUUGUGAGCUUCACAAUAUCAACUGCUGAUAUUGUUGACCGCAGAAGCCUCGUUUCUAGGAGUCGUACCUGCAAACGAGGUUCAAUAUGAUGGACACUUCAUUGGUUUUUUUUUAUGCCUGUAGCCCUAAUUCCUCAUUUUUUUCUAGAAAAAAAAAAAAACUCUUCAUUUUUAAAAUAAAUGCUUGUGUCGGUGCAGGUCAACAAGGGUCACCAGACGUGAAAGAGAUUCUAUUUGCAAUUCACUUUUCACGAUGUCCUAUGUAUUCUAAAAAAACAAAGUUAACAGCUAUGCGAGUGAAUGAAGGAUUGAAUUUCCUGGAUUGUUUUCUUUGCUGUUUCAUAAAUCAAGCGUGUUCGUUUUGUUUUGCAAAUAUAUAUCGACUAUGUAGCUAAAGGAAAUUUCCAACAAAUGUCUGAUUUGAAUUUGUAUAAACUUAGUUGUGUUGCUCUCCUAUUUUUCACAAACAUCCUUGUAAAGUUGUACAAGCCAUAGCAUUACUUCAGUUUUGCAUAUUUAUAAAACAAUCCUGGAUCAGUUUCAGUUUUAGUUUUUUAUUAUUGCACACUAUUUACAGAAAAACAACUUAACGUA